AUAAGAGUAGUGAGAAUUUCGUAUAUGAAAUGAAUCCCGAUUGAAAUCGCGUUCAAGUGCGUCUCUGGCGACUGCGAAAAAUCAGGUCAUGUAUGGGUAAAGCGUGCAGGGAAUGGUAAAAGAACGCGUGCGCGGGUUCGCUGCAUCCAGACUCCGGAGUCUGGAUAGUCGUUUUUUCAAAGUUGAUCGUGUAACACGAGUUCUCACUUAAAUCGACUAAAUUGGUGCUAAAUACUUUUAUAUUUUAUUUAAACAAAUUUUGAAAUUACUGAAUAUUUAUAAACAAAAAUUGAGACUAAAUAUAAAACUUAAGAAACGUUUACACCGAAUUUAAAUAAAUUUUUUCGAGAUAAAAAAUACAACUUAAAAGUAGUAAAUCAAUAAGAUAUAUUCAAAAACAAAAAAAGAAAAAUAAAUAUACAAAAACGUCAUUUUUUUUGGUUUUUGAGAUGUUAUAAAAAUUUGCUGCUAUGGACAUAUUUACAGGGCAAGGCAAAAGACUGCGAGCAAAUGUUAUUGAAAUGGAUAUUCAUCCACCAGGAUUACCGGAAAGCAAUCGAGUGGUUUUCAAUCAUUUGGACGUAUCUACGCAGGCUAACAUCCAACACUCCAACGCUCUGACUUACGAAUCGGAUGACGAAAUGUUGAACCGUACAAAUAGAUGUUCUACUCCCCAUUACAACAGAGCAGAUAUUAAAGAACAAUAUUGUAUCACGGAACGAGGACUAGGAGCCUUGGAAACGAAACAAAGCUUAUUCGGUUGUCUAUCGGUUCAUCAAGGUUCGUGUUCUACAAGUACUUCGCUUCUUACCGCUUGCGUUAGGCAAAAAGUACCGUCAGAUGAAAAUCUUUACGAUCUCUAUAAGAGACAUCCUUCGGAGUACGCGCCGUAUCCGAGAAGAACCAAGUAUCCGUGGGGUCCGGUAGUAUCAGAUAUCUACCGCUACGACGAAGAUCUAAAAUCUUCUUACUUCCGAAGAAAACCCAUAAUCGAUCCGAGUCGUUAUACUUGGAUGCCUUCAGACGACGAGUCUAUACGAAUGGAAAAACCCAAAUCUAUAAUAGAAAACGGCCACGAUCGUGUUUCGAAUUCAUCUUCCGGCACUUUACCGGGAAAGAAACACGUUAGUUUCGCUAGAUCCCACACUUUAGCUUCAUUCGACAACGCCAUAUCAACGCUCAGCUGUUCAACUGGACACUUGAAUAAAAUAACAAACAGCCAAGAAAGAUUAUUGGACGUUAGGAAACCCGAAUUACAGCCUAUCAUUACUAAACAACCUGAACAAGAAAUUUAUUGUGAUAAAAUCAAACGGGUACCAAUGAAAACGCAAGCUACGCAAACCGAAGUGGGUCUUGGUAGAAAACCCAUACCGCCGCAUAUCAAUUUAAGCCCUAGAACAAUGCAGAAGGUUAAGAUGGUUUCUCAAGGGGCUCAAACGAACGGUCUUGCGAACAACGGUCGUAAGCUGAUAAAAUCGUAUUCGGAAGCGGGAAGUAAGUUCGGUAUAUCGCCAAUUAACGGCGAAGUUCAUCAUUUCGAAUCAAUUCCGGAUCACGAUCCUUUACAACGCACCCAAUCCGACGAACCGCCUAGAUCUCCUUUCGUAGUUGAGAAACCGAGUACGUUCGCCGCCCCCGAGCGCACUAUACCGACGAUCGAUAGCGAAACAUCGUCUCUAACCAAAUCCGAUCACGAAUCUGAGGAUUCUACGGAAUGUAAGAAGGAAAUCAUGAUUGAUUUCAAGCCACAUCUGUCUCCCACUAAAGAGAAAUCGUCUAAAAGAACUUUGAUGAAAGCUUUAUCUGAUGGAGAGAUUCUUUUGGAACAAAGAAGAGUUAGAAUUUCAGACGACUGUGUUGUCCCAGAAAAACCUCUACAUUCUUUAAGCCACGAAUACGUUUAUAAUAACGACGAAGAAGAUAGAACGUUCAGUCCACAUUUUCAAACGACUCCGAUUCAAAACGAAGACGCUUUCAAACUUCUCGACGACAACCCGUAUCCUUCUAUGGGUAAUAGAAUAUACGAACAAGAAUCUAUAGAAGAAGAUUUCCACGAAAACUUGAUCUACAAUAAAUCCUAUUUAAAUAAUCACGAGUACAACGGAGAACAACACAUCAACAUGGAGAACUGGUUGAAAGAUGAUUCAAUAGUUCCUUCUAUAAGUUUUUUACCACAUGCUAAGCUAUCUCCGUUCACUUCAAACGAUUCCCUCGCCAACGAUACCAGGGAUCAAUCCGAUGGAAUUUGGAACGAAUCUCAAGCUACUGUACUCCAAGUAGACUCCGGAACGGAAAACGGAACGGUUCUGAGUAGUUCGGAAUUUAAUUCAGCCACAUCGCCGAUAGCGUUAACUCCAUCUUCGAAAAGAAAACAUCUACUGAUGCUUCAACACCAACAAAGAUCUUCCAUGGAUACCGAAAUCCUCGACGAAGAAACUGUGGACCAAAACGUUGCGUUUUCGAGGAAGGUUUCCGUUGUUAAAAACGCGGAAAAUCCCGUUACGUCGCACCAGAGACAAUAUUUAUUUGUGGAAAACGCGGUUAGUACGAGGAAGAAACUUACGCCGGAAACUCCUGCCGGAUCUCCACUUCCUGCAAUUGUUCCCAAUCUUGUACUAUCCAGAACUGAUUCUUGUAGAACAAAUACUGAUAUAUCGGAAAGUACUACUACUGAUGACUAUAUCACUGCCAAUUCCGGUACCGAUAGUUCAAGGAAAAGUGGUUCAGUCAAGGGAAACGGCUUGUACAAUAACCUCCAACCAGCAUACGUAACAGACGGUUCGAGCUUGGAUAGCGCUCGAGGCGUAGAAUUGUUAGGCGACGAUAUGGUAGUCCCACGCUUUUCACCAUCGCCACCGCCUCCCGUUCCAUCGACGGGAGACUCCUCCCGUAGUCUCUGCAAUACUCCAGUGCCUCACACUCGCACCGGCCGAUCGACUCCGUCCGAGGACAGCAGCUCCUCUUGUGGAAGUUACAGUGUGGGAUCUACACCGGAUUUGUUGGAUAGAUUUACGGAAACAGUGCCUUCAAGAAAUAAAAAAGUCUGCUCCCAUAACGCCUCUGACGAUGAACAAAGUGUCAGGUAUUCGUCGUCCGGGUAUUAUGAGUCACCCAUGGAAGAUGAUACCACCUGGACGUCUCCGAAAAAUAAGGCUCGUCGUUGCAAAGACUUCACUUUAGAUUUAUCGAACAAUCCCAAGUCAUAUCUAGAAACAUACUCCAUUUUAAGCAGUAAAUCAAACAAAAGAAACAUUAAAGCUUCACCUUCGGGGGAAAAAUCGAAACGAUCGAAAUCGAGAAUGAAGAGUCCGAUGCAAGGUAGCAGAAAGAGCACCCAGCUCAAAAAACAAGCUCAUAUCGUAGAGAAAGAAAAUAAAGCGACCUCAGACGAAUCCAGUUGCGAUCUUGGCGUCAAACAUUUGAGCAAUCAGAGUUCCCCGAGACGAGGGAAGAAAAUUAAAGAGAAUAAUAAGAAGAAAGGGUUGCCGAGAUCUCCGGUCAAUCAAAGAACCAAUGCGGAUAAGAAAGCCUCCAGUUUACCAGGAAGUUUAUCGAGGAAGAAAUCCUCGAAGCAAUCACAAAGUAACACUUUGAUUUCGGAAAAUGAUAAAAACCCGAAGAAGAGUUCGUCUUUAACUCGCCAUGGUUCGAAGGUGGUUGAAGAUUCUACUAAACUCAAAGCUCUGAGCGCGGAAUCAUUAAGAUCUGUUAGUCCCGGUAGCGACAGCGUUUUUUACAGUGAUCCCAGUAGUCAAACUGUCGAUCAUCAAGUUCACUGUUUACAUUGUGGAAAAGAAGUUGAUAUAGUGACAACAGACGAUCCAGACAAAAGUAUAUCGAGUUUGGAAAACCCCGAGGAGAUCGUACAACCUCCAGCGGGGUUUGAGGAUUCCCCCAGAAUCAAAACCAGCGGUAGAUUAUUCAAAAAGUUGGAAAGAAGAAUUAGAUCAGAGGAAAGAAAUUAUUUGGAAAACAAGAAGAAUCGUUAUAAGUCCGAUGUUAGGGCAAAGUCUGAAGAACGAGGUAAUAAUUUGAAAAACAAAUUAAGACCAAUGGCAAAAUCGACGAAUAAUAGUCAAGAGCAGUUGAAAGCAGCGGAUUCCAGUCCGAGUGUUUUGCCAGGAGCACCCGAAAAUGAGGAUGAUGUAGGUAUUUACGACGUGCCUUAUAAAGAAGGCUGUUGGAUACAUAUUGACGAAAGAGAAGAAGUUAUAGCUAGGACGUCGUGUUCAAGUCCAAGUGACAAACCAAGUUCUCGUAGAGAUUCGAUUUCGAGUACUGAGUCUGAGCAGGAAUUUCGCAAGAGGUUCCAAGCGGUUACACAUCGAAUGGUUCAUCGAAAAUCUUGUUUAGAAAUGUAUAAGAGACAAACGAAAAAAACGUUUGAUUGUGACAAAAAAGUAGUGGUUCAUAGAGAAUCCGGUGAAUUCGGUUUUCGCAUCCACGGCUCGAAGCCCGUGGUAGUUUCAGCAAUCGAACCAGGUACACCAGCCGAAACGUGCGGUUUAGAAGUUGGGGAUAUUGUGCUUUCCGUGAACGGCGUAAGCGUUUUGGACAAAAACCAUUCGGAAAUUGUCAAAAUGGCGCACGCGGGAAGCGAUACUUUGAAAAUGGAGGUUGCAAGAACAUGUUAUGCUUUAUGUCCUCAAAAAGAAGAAGAUAAUUCGACGAUCUUACAUAGUGGUUACCUUUGGAAACUGAGCGGUUACGCUAGUGGCACUUCCACCAACAAAUGGAUGAGAAGAUGGUUCUGUUUGAAACAAAAUGGUUGUUUAUAUUGCUACAAAACGGACGUUGAUGUACACCCUGUAGAUGUGACGAUGUUGCACGACCAAGUAAUCCAAAUAGUAGAUGAUGAAGAGAAUUUUUCCAAGUCGCACGUAUUCGUUGUUCAAAAACAAGAUGGCGUUCCUUUAUAUUUAGCAGCGGAGUCUCGUUGUACUCAAGAAAAAUGGGUGGAAGAAAUGAACAAAUUGAUGAUAGAUAAUAAACAACUUUUGGAUGGUUAUUUAGAAAGAACGAAAAGUAAUUUGUCGUUACCUCCUGGUGCUAUUAAAGAUCCGGAAUGUUUUGGAUAUUUAGUUAAAUUGGGAACACAAUGGAAGAGUUGGAGCAGGAGAUAUUGUAUUUUGAAAGAGGCAUGUUUGUAUUUUUAUCAAGAUGCAAACGCCAAAAAUGCGUUCGGAGUGGCUUAUUUACAUGGUUAUAGAGUACAACUAUAUUUAUCAGGAUCAAAAAAACAUGCCUUUGAAUUAGUACCCUCGGAUAGCAGUAAAAAACAUUAUUAUUUCCAUACGGACUCGGAAACAGACAAAAAACGGUGGAUAGCGGCAUUAGAAUAUUCAAUAGAUCAAUGGAUGAAACUUUAAUGGCUAAAAAUUAUAUAUAUAUAUAUUGUGAAAUAUUUUACUUACGUGAAAUAAAAAGACAUACAAUGACCACACCAAAGAAUUUGUAUUAUAAGAACAUUAGCAUUUUAUUUAUAAAUAAAAUAUUUAUUUGUA